CGUCGCCGGAAGUGACGAGCCCAAAUUCAGAAGAGUUUGCCGAUUGGACACGACACCGGAAGUUCUGUCUGUAGUUAGUUAAGUGAUGUCCUGAGAUGGGCAGGCGGCGGCUCCCGGACCUCUACUGCGCCCCCUUCCCUCUGUACGCCCUGGGCAUUGACCAUAAGAGGAAUCUGCUAAUCACUGCAGGAGGUGGCGGCGCCUCAAAAACUGGCAUCAAAAAUGCUGUGCUGUUCUUGCAGUUGGAGUGGAUCUCUGGCUGUCUCAGUGCCUCGCUGCUACACUCCCAUGGCACGGAGACCAGAGCCACUAUGAACAUGGCAUUGGCUGGCGACGUACUUGCUGCUGGACAAGAUGCCAACUGUCACAUCUUGCGCUUUAUAAAAAACGCCAAGAGCACUGAAGCUGGAAGCAACGAGCGGGGCUCCCGCAGGAGAAAGACGUCUAAAAGCGGUGCAGAUGGUAACGGACAAACCAAAAACGAGACCCCUGAGAUCACCGUGCAGACUCUUCAUGUGGUGCAGACCGAUGUGAGCCCUGAUGGUCUACAGAAAGCAGUUUGCUUCAACUCCCACAAAACCCACUUACUGACAGGCGGAGCUGAUGGGCGGCUCCGUGUUUGGGAGUUCCCCGGGAUGAAGAAGCUGCUGGACUUUGAGGCUCACUCUGGAGAAAUAGAAGAUAUCGCUGCCGGCCCAGACAGUCAGGUGGUGACUGUAGGGCAGGACUUCCGCUGCUGCGUGUGGGAGGCAGAUCAGCUGCUCACUGAGCUUCGCUGGAAUGAGAAUCUGCCCCAUAUCCCUGACAAGGUGUACAGAUACCGAGCGUGCAGGUUUGGCUCUGUUCCUGACCAGAAGGAGACUCUCUGCCUGUACACUGUUCAGAUCCCAUAUAAACGAGAGCGGCGCCCACCACCCUGCUACCUCACCAAGUGGGAUGGACGGCACUUCCUGCCUCUACACACUCAGCCCUGCGGAAAUGAGGUAGUUUCCUGUAUGUCUGUCAGUGACAGCGGCACCUUCCUUGGCCUGGGCACCGUCACUGGGUCUGUGGCUAUUUACAUCUCAUUCUCCUUACAGAAGCUUUACUACGUGGAGGAAGCACAUGGAAUUGUGGUGACGGAUGUUGCUUUUCUGCCUGAUGUACCUAAAGAAUCAGAUCUAUUGGGGGGCAAUGAGGUGGCUCUUCUGAGUGUGGCUGUGGACAGUCGCUGCAAACUGCAUGUUGUGCCCAACAGAAAAACCUUCCCUUUGUGGCUGGUACUUGUCCUGUGUGGGCUGCUGCUGGUCUUGGUCGUCUUUCUGCUUCAGCACGCCUUCCCAGGCCUCCUGUAGGAUUAGCUUGACCGUGGGCGUCAGUAGACUCUGGCAUAACUAUGGGCAUCAGAUUGGCAGCCUUCCUAGGAGACUCUGGCACAACCCUGGCUAUGAGACUAUAUUGAGUCUGGCCAGAGACUUUGGCAUAAUUUUGGACAUCAGACUGGUAGCGUAACUAGGAGACUCGGGCACAUGUUCCGCAAAUCUUUUGGCUUCAAGCCAUUUUCCUUACAGGACCAUAUACAGAUAAAGGGCAUGGUGAGAGUCCCCUGUGGGGCUGGUGUGGCCCUUGGGUACAUUCCUUGAGGUGCACAAGUGUUAGCAUUUUAAUAUAUUACAAAUCUGUGUUUUAUCUGUGUUUAUUUUAAUCCAUAAUACUGCCCUGAUGUUCUGUCCUUGAUGAGUUUGUCGCAGUACCCUAAGCCAUGUGACAUCAGUGUGCCCGGUGCACUGGCACCAUGUGCUUAUGGUCUACACCAAACAUAUUUUUAUCUUUCAUUUUAUCCAUAUGUUCACCUUGUGUGACAACAGAUUCUGGUACCUCAGUGACCAUUAAAUCAAAUAAUACAAUUUA